AUGUUUUCGCCCUCAAUAUACACCGUCAGCAUAUUCCAGCUUGGACUCACCUCAGCCCUCAGCGCCUACGGCCUCUACCUCUCGUACCAAAACAUAACCCGCCUACAGCAAUACGAAGAGAAGAGCGAAAAGGCGGCAGAAUGGUCGAACACGGCAGCGCAAAGACUGCACAAGACAAGGUCAACGCAGACCAGCGGUACUGUAACACUACUAGUUAGUUUCCUCACAUCCACCGCCCUCCUCAUCGUUCCCAGUCUCGCAACCACAAAGAUACUCAUCGGCGCCGGUGCUGCGAAUGCCGCAGCUACAUACCUCUCCCGUGUACACAUGGCGAAUUUCUGGAACGAGAAGAAUCAAACCAAGAUCCCGUUUGUCGACAAGUUCAACGAAGCGAUACGGGGCAGCGAGCUCGUGGUAUCGCUACUCGGUACAUUGAGUCUGGGCUGGGCAGCAGCAGGAGGAGUGUGGGCGGGUAUGGCGAAUGGCGGAUCGGGCAUACUGGGCUUGGGCGUUUGGGGGCUCGUGGUGGGUGGGAGGGUCAUGUCUAUUGCGCCGCAGAUGGGAUGGACCAGUAGUACAUAA